UAAACGGCCUGCAAUGGCUGAAAUUGUGACAUUCUUCUAAAAAUAUGAGUUUUAACAAGCCAAAGCGUCCUUCUUCAGCGAGAAGGAACAUCAAACAAGAAACAUUUAGUUGCUUUGUUAGUGCAACAAGACUACGUCAUGUGCAAAGCUUACUGAAUGAUGGCACAAAAGCCACCAAAGAUUAUCCUGAUGCAAUCCUGUGCAUUGCAGGUAUUGACAGCAGGUACAAUGAUGGUAUGCUUGAACUUAUCAAUUAUUUGCUGUUUGGAUUCUUUGAAAUUCGUAUGGCUGAGUUGGAAGGGUCAGGGUUUGAUGAGGAGGUUAUUGAUGAUGUGUUGUUUCUAAUACAAAAAGACAAAGUUGAUAUAUAUUGUAACCCUAUCAACUAUCAUUAUCUACUACCAUAUGUGAGUCAUUGGAGAAAUGUCUUCUUUCAUUGUUUGACUGAUACAGAGUAUGAAGAUGAAGAAGUUGCAGAAGAUUUUAAAGUGAAAAGCUUUGUUUCCAUGGUAAAAGAUUGUAAGAAGAUAGGCAUACCAUACAGCAAUUCAGCAAAUCUACACAAGUUUGAUAUCAUGUUGAUAGAAAAAUGGCCGAUUAUUCAAGUGUAUGGUGUUGAGGGAGUUGGAAGUGGUGGAUUUUUCACUAUGCUGCAUGAAGUGUGUGAUGUUAGUGAAGAAGUACACAAACUUUAUAACUACAUGGAUCCUGUAGCACUAGAGAAUAUGGUGGUUGAGCAAGUGUCAAAAUUAGAGAGACAAUGGCAAACAAUGAUGUCCACUGUACAGGUUUCAUUGUCUGGCUUACACCAUGGCACACUGACAGAGGAAAAAGUCUUUGAGCCCCUGAAGAGUUUCUUUGUUCAUGGUCGAGCUAGUACUGUAGGACAUGGUGAUGGUCCUACACAAGUUGACAGUUUGCCAUAUGUUUUAUUUGGUAGAAAUUCAACAAAACAGAUGUUAGAUGGAGUAAAGAGGACACUAAGCACACCUAAUGGAGAUUUAAAAUCAACUAUGAUUGGUACUCAUGAAGCUAACUUUAUGGUAUGUAAGGCUGUAUCUCCCAGAGGUCCUGUAACCUGCUCUCGCACAUACUUCUUCAAUAAACAGUUCAUAAAUCCAUUUCAAGAGUCAAAAGUAGAAGAUUAUGAAGCAAGUGCAGAUCUAAGGCUGUUGACAUUUCUGUACGGAUCAAUGAUAGAUGCUGUACUCACUGGAAUUCAAGCUUACUGUAACUCAUUGAGUGUUAAACAGGCAGAAGACAUAGCUACAGAAACAUUAUAUGACAGUUGUACAGGGGCUAAGGAUGAUAUUGUAACAAAUUAUGUCAAGACUGGUCCUAGAGUACAAUUCUCCUUACAAGCUGUCGACCAUUCUGGAUGUUCUAACAGCUUGACAGAUGGUAGCCGGAAUCUCAUGGUAAAAUGUGCGUCAAUAACAUUGUAUGAUAUACCAAGCAAAGAGAAGCCGGGUUCAAUCCUGGGCUCCCUUGUCUUCUCAGAAACCUUUCUAGAUUCUGAGAUCAAGGUAGCCACUACAGAUGGUAGUGUUGGUAUGAACAGUAGUUAUCUCCUCCUGACAGAUCACAUCCCCAGACACCAUUGCUGGACACAUACCAAUUUGUUGGAGGACAAAAAAUUGUUCCAGGGAAAGUUAGAGAAUAAAAGCCUCUCAGAGCACUUUGGUGCUUUAUUGUUGUCUGGAGAUCCAAUCAAUGUAGGGUGUGCAAGUACCUUAUGUAUGCCCCCAGAAGAAGCCUGUUUGUAUGCAUUCGAGAAUGGGUUGGUGAUAGUUUGUGAUCAGUAUGGUGCCAUAGUACUACAUGGGAAUCACAUAAGAUCUGCAAGAUUCUAUGAUGGUGACACAUCCAACACAGUGGCUGUAUUAGUUAUAGAAUACCAUUCAACAUUUGUACCAUUUAUUCCAUUCCAUCUGAGAAAUGAUGAGGGUCAGUUAAUGCUGAUGUUCACACCAAAAUCAAAAGCAUACAAACAUCUUUACUCACAGGUUCUACAUACAUGGAGGGAGGAUGCAGAUUCCCCUAAAGUAAAAGUAGUUAAAGAACUUCCUGAAAAUUGUCAACUUAUGCAUACAUUGAUUCAGCACCAGUAUACAUCCACAUCAUCCAGUAGAGUAAAAACAGGUCUUCAGAAGGCAUCCAUCUCUCUACCCCAUUUAUUCAAAUUUUUAGACCAUUUCUCAGCUAGCAGUGUAGGCUGGUAUCCAGUACCAGAAACAGAUUUACAUAAAGUACUUAGAUUAUCAAAUAAUGCUGAAAUAGAAGAGGAACCAGAAAUUGAGAUUGUUGUAUCUAUUAUCAGUGGUAUACCAGGAUCACACCAGGGAGAAAUGUGUGAUGUUCUCUCUAAACUUUCUAAGGACCAAAAUAGAUAUGUGAUACUAAAGCCACCUCUGGAUGGAUCACAACAAUUUAACCCAGUAGAUAUACAAGCCAAAUUGAAAGCUACACUGAAUGUACAUAGAAGGAGAAAACAAAGUCAGUCACAUAUGUUAAACACCAGGGUGUUAUAUAUUGUACCAGGGUAUACAGAUGUAGUAAGUGUUGUUCAAGCAGUAGAAUGUCACCCUGAUGUUGAUGUGAGGAGGCAUUGUGUUAUAGGUUCUGUGACAGCUUGUGUUGAUCCAUUAAAUGUUUAUAUGGAGCAUAAGAUGACAUUUCCAUACUUGUUGAAUGCAUGUGCACAGGGUUGGGUGAAUCAAAUUGUGAUGACUUCUUCAACAGCUCUAAAGAAUGAUGAUUUAAAUGAGGUACAGCAUAUGUUAAGAUCUGUAAACAGUGAUGUUGCCUUCCUGCUAGCAGAACAGGGUAAUGUUUCUAGGAGUAUGGACUUGGAUGCAAUACUGAGUGAAGACAGUUUCCGCCAGAUAGAGAAGGUUCGUGCACGAUACCUGCUAUGUCCAGCCUGGAGGCAAAGUUCAACCAGACCGCUUAGACAGCUCUUGAGUACUGUGCAACUCAAGUUUACCCUGCCACUUGAUAGAUAUAAACUGGUUGCAAAAUUAAGAGGCAUGAAGAAAACUCUAGCAUCAUUUCCAUUUUCUGGCAACAUUUACAAUGUCCAAGGAAAAGUCAGAUUUACAGGUGCCAAGUCAGAGGAAAGCAUGGAAAUUCACUACACAACAAUGAGUGGAGUUUUAUCUAUAAGACCAUAUAAUGAAACCACCAAAGAUAGGGCUCAAAAUCCAGGAAACUUUAUGGUGUUCACAGGCUCUGAUCUGACUCUGGCAAAACUAAAGGACUGGUUGAGAGAGUGUGCACCAAAGAAACCUGAAAAGAAAAAUUUGAUGUCAAGGAAAGAUAUUACUAGUGAUGUGAAAAACAAAAUACAUAAGGAACAUCAUCUGGACCCACUUCCGGAAGGUUGGUUCUAUAAUGGUACCCAGUAUGUCAGCUUUGAUGGCUCAAAACAAGAUCAACACCCAAGUUUGGAGGAGUUUGUCAAUGAUUACCUAGCUCAACAGAAUGCUGCUGUCACUGAAUACAACAAAAAAGUGGAGGAAAUGAUUGAAAGCUAUAGAGAUUUGUUUAGUUGAACAAUUAAAAUACAUGUAUAAUUCUUUUACAUAUAUAUUCCUGAGAGUGGAGGUGGGGAAGAAGAAAAUAUUCAAAGUAUUAUCUUCAGUUAUGACCAGUGCAUAUUAAUUCAGGUUGUGAACCAUUUGAUGGUGGAAGUAAUUUUACUUUUUUCGUCACAGAUUUAAUAUGUGGUAGUCAUACAAAAUGAAGCAGUAAAGUUGGAAUAAUCCUUUUGCUAUUUCUAUGUUUUAAUAUGAUGGCAAUAAUACCUAUAUUGUACUACAGUAUCAGGCAGUAGUUUCAAAUUUUGAUCUGAAAUGACAUGAUAUUAACCCAACAUUGAUCUGCCUUUAAUGGAGGAAUGUGAUCUAAAAAUAUUUUAGGAAAUAUCCCACAUAGUUAUUCACUUAUUGAUGAAAUGAUUUUCAAAAUAAGAUGUGAAAUUAAGUAGGAUGAAUGGAAUAAUCCCUCUAUAGAUCUGCUCAAAUAAGGAAUAAUUUACAUUAACAUGGGAAAUAUCCCAUAUAGAUCUGCAAAUUAAUAGUAGCAAUCUCAAAAUAAAAUAAGUGAUUAUAAUGCAGUUUACAAAAUGCUGUUAAAAGAUCAAGAAAUUUUGUAAAAUUAACCAAACAUUUACAGAAAAUUACAUAAUUACAAGGUUAAUUUACAUUAACAUUGAAGUAAACAUUGUCAUAAUUAUAAAUGUUUUAAGACCAGCUUUUAUUGUUCUGUUACAUGUGUUCAGUCUGUUAGUUACCAAAUAUCUUGUUGUUUGUAUGUCCAACUUUUCAUGCGAUUCACUGUAUAUUCAUCAUAAAAUCAUUAAUAACCAAGGUGGAGAUAAAUGCACCAAAUUGUUAACUGAUAGUUAACAUUCUUGUGGGUUUAUAUAAUGCCAUAUUUAUAUUGUAUUGUACUCUAGCUUUAAAUGGUACCAGUUCAGGAUUAUACAUUCCAUAGAUAUAUAUUUUGCUGUGAUAUUGAAAAAAAGAUUCCAUCCAUUUGAAUGAAAUUAUUUAAAUUGUAUUAUGUAUUGUAUUGUAUAAUUUGCAUAUUUUAUGAAUUUGAUCUUCUCUAUAUGAUCUCAAAGCUGGGUAAAUUUUAACAACAACAAAUAUAUGUAUAGUAUACAUACUGCAUAAUCAUUAUUAUGGCACAAAUUUUCAUGGUUUUCGUGGAUAGGUCAAUCGACGAAUUUUAGAAUCAACAAAAUCUUAUUUCAUCUGCUGUACAAUAACUUUUAUUAUGUUAUUAGCAUUACUUUUUUCCACAAUCCACAAAUUUAAGAAUACACAAAAACAUCUUUUUUGACAAAUCCACAACAUUUCAUGCUCACGAAUUUAAGUGAAUACACUGUACCUUUUAGGACAUGGGACGAACUUAUGUUUUUCUCCAUUCAAACAUUUAUUAUAAAUAGAUUAAGUAGCAAGGUACAUGUUUUAGCUUAGGAAAUAAGCUUCUAAGACAGUGCUGGUGUCAUACCAGUUAUGAUAAUAUAAAUUCAAUUGGAUUAGGAUCAAAUAAUCAGACAACUAACUGAUCAGCCAUUAUAUAGAUGUGUCCACCAAAUUUAUAAACUUGUAUCUUUUUGUGAUUAUUUUUCAGAAACACAUUACCGUAAUUAAUAAUUACAGAACAAGCGUCAUUGUGCAAAAAAAACUCCAAACCCUUUUAAAAAGUUGUCAACAUGAAACUUCAGAAUAGUUGCUUAUCGUGACAAGAUGCAGUUGUAAGACAAGGGG